UCAACUCGGAUUGUAUUCAACAUGAAUUUUGCCAUUUUCUUGUUUGUUUUGCCUUUUUGCGGCUUGACUUUGGCCCAGAAAUCAAACGAUGCCAUUGUCGUGGAGAAAAUAACUGAAAGACAAACAUGCUAUCCUGACAUGUGUGAGAUCCUGAAAGAGUUUGGUGCCAUGACAGAAAAAAUGAGAGCUAUGGAAACCAGACUGAAGGAGAGUGAAACCAGACUGAAGGACAGUGAAACCCAGAUUCUUGAACUGAAGAACCAAGAUUUUGGUGCCAUGACAGAAAAGAUGAGAGCCAUGGAAACCAGGCUGAAGGACAGUGAAACCAGGCUGACGGAGAGUGAAACCAGGCUGACGGAGUGUGAAACCCAGAUUCUUGAACUGAGGAACAAAGAAAGAACUAAGGUGGCGUUCAGUGCAGCAAUUGGAGGAGAAAGUAGAGCCAUUGGCCCCUUCACCACGGACAAAACUUUAAUCUACAAAAGAGAAAUAACAAACAUUGGUAGUGCCUACAGUACAUUCUCAGGUAUCUUCACUGCACCCAUUGCAGGCGUUUACUACUUCACCUUCUCUUAUCAUGCUGGAGGUAAUAACCUAGUACACCUAAAUCUCUACAAGAACAACCAGGUUCUCGUGACGGCCUUUGACCAUCAGACAGUGUACGACAACGCCGACAACGGAGGCAACGCAGUGUUUGUGCAGCUGCAGCAAGGGGACCAGGUGUUUGUGCGCUUAGUUGCUAAUACACAUAUUUGGGGAAACGAUGCGCUCUCCACCUUCAGCGGUUGCUUGGUUGUUGAAUGAUUGUAGAAAAAUAUGAAAGGAUAAAAAGCAGAAUCGCCUAAUAUAACCUGCAUUGUAUGUCACUCAGGUGUUAUAUAACCAUUCUUCUGUAAUUGACAUUCACACAUAUUUCUUGUGUAAUUGGACCACUCAGCUCAUAUCAUUGAAUUCAAAUAAACACCCCUUUUCAACUUGAA